AUGUUUCCCAUUGAUUGGGUGUGCACUACUGCUCGCUUGGAACCUAUAGAUUAUGUUCGAAAGCCACAGGUUAUCCUACGCUUAAUUAUUGUGAUAUUAGCAGUUGUCAAUAUUGCAAUUGUACAUAACGGCUGCUAUAUUUAUGGGAAGUGCUUGUUUAAUGAAGAUCAGGCAUCUUGUGGAUAUAGUUUGCUUCUUUCUUCGUCGACAUUUAUUCUUUGCCUCGCCUAUCUUUGGUUGGAUUUAAUAGUGGACAAUGUUUCGAGCAUUGACAUACGUUUGCGAAUCGCUAAAUUCGACGUAGUAUUGUCAGGUAUUUGGUCCUUCCUAUGGUUGAUUGCGUUUUGCUUACUUUGCAACCGCUGGCAAAAUACAGAACAAGAUUUUCUCACUCAGAACGACGUUUCACCUAAUGGACCGCGGACUGCUAUUGCAUUCAGUUUUUUCAGUAUGGUUGUAUUAAUUAUUUUGGGAUUUUUCACAUACAAAUUCUAUAAAUCAACUGAAAUACAAUGCUCUAACUUUGCUUACGGAGAAACUGAAAGUUCGCAUGGAUAUCAUGGUUUUACCAGUGACGCGGAUAUGCUCGAUGCGUCGGGACCAGGACCUGUAGAUCCGGAUACACCUGUCGCCCACUCAAAUUUUGAUUACCAAGUGGGUAAUUACCGUGCAGGAUUAGGUGAUGUUUAUUCUGCAGACCCAAUGGGUGGUUAUCAACCUUAA